UCAAACGGUGAAGCUGAUGGCAAAGACUUCAUUAAUUACCAGGUAAUUAUCGUUACACUUUCAGUGAUUACACUUACAAUCACUACUUAUGUAUUUCUAUCAAAGAGAUCCAAGAAGGGAGACUUAUUGCCUUUGCCACCAGGACCAAGAGGCUUGCCUUUGGUUGGGAAUCUCCCUUUUCUCAAACCUGAUCUCCAUACCCACUUCUCUGAGCUUUCUCAAAUCUAUGGUCCUAUCUUCAAACUUCAAUUAGGUACCAAGAAAUGUGUUGUAGUGAGUUCAUCUUCCUUAGUUAAAGAGAUCUUAAAAGACAAUGAUGCUACUUUUGCCAAUCACAAUCCACCCAUUGCAGCUUUGGUCAUUGCUUAUGGUGGUAAUGACAUCUUAUGGAAUCCCCAUGGCCCUAAUUGGCGAAUGAUGCGUAAGGUAUUAGUUCGAGAGAUGAUGAGUAAUUCAAGUCUUGAUCUCUGUUACGAUCUUCGCAGGCAAGAGAUUCAAAAAAUGUUGAGAGAGGUUUAUUCUAAGAUUGGUACACCAAUUGAUAUUGGUAACCUUAUUUUUGUGACCAUGCUUGAUAUGCUUAUGAACAUGUUAUGGGGUGGAGCAAUAAAGAGAGAAGAAAAGACUAGAAUUGGUGUAGAGUUUCGGAAAAUGAUAGGGGAAUUGGUUGUUCUGCUUGGUAAAACCAAUGUUUCAGAUAUAUUUCCCAUCCUUGCUCGCUUUGAUUUACAAGGGAUUGAAAGGAAAGCUAAGGAGGUAUUUUUGUGGGCUGAUACAAUCUUGGAUACAGUAAUAAAUGAAAGGCUUAAAAUGGAAGCAGAGCAAGAGAAGAAACCAUCGAAGGAUGAUCUGGGGAGCAAAGAUUUUUUAGAAAUUCUCUUGGAGGUUAAUAAGAAAGGAGAUGGUAAAGAAACAUUAAGCAUGAAGCAAGUUAAGGCCUUGUUACUGGACAUCGUUUCGGCUGGAACAGACACCACAACCACGACAUUAGAGUGGGCUUUUGCAGAGAUAAUGCAGAAUCCUUACAUAAUGAGGAAAGCACAAGAAGAAUUAGGUGAAGUAUUUGGAAUGAGUAACAGAGUUGAAGAGUCCCACAUAUCCAAGUUGCCAUAUUUAAAUGCAGUGGUGAAAGAAACUCAGAGGUUGCACCCAGUACUCCCACUCUUGAUUCCACACUGCCCAAGUCAAUCUUGCACCAUUGGUCAGUUUACUAUUCCAAAGGGUAGUAAUGUCUUUUUAAAUAUUUGGAAAAUACAUAGGGACCCUGAGGCAUGGAAAGAUCCAUUAGAGUUCCUCCCUGAGAGGUUCUUAGGAGAUUUGAAUGAAUAUGAUUAUAAGGGCAACAACUUCAAUUAUCUUCCUUUUGGAUCUGGAAGAAGGAUAUGUGCAGGGAUUCCCUUAGCAGAAAGGAUGUCAACUUAUAUGUUAGCUUCUCUCUUGCAUUCCUUUGAGUGGAAAUUGCCAGAAAAUGUAGAGCUUGAUCUAUCAGAAGAAUUUGGACUCUUGUUGAAGAAAAGAACACCACUUCUCAUCAUUCCAACUCCAAGAUUAUCUAAUGUAGAGCUCUACAAUUGAUAAAGAAGGAUUUGUUACUAUUCUACUUUUAUGAAAAAGGGCUGUACUAGCAUCAUCUCGUGUAAGUUUUGCUGUACUUUAUCUAAUGUUUUAUGUUUUUCCUGGAAGAGAAAUGUUUAUUAAUGAUCCCUACAUGUGCUUUUACACACUAAAGGGGAUUCAAUCACAUGUCUCUGGAAUU